UAACAGUGUACCAGUGUACCAGUGUCAGUGUAUCAGUGUAUCAGUGACCGGUGAGACAGUGUCAGUCGUCAUGACCACUUCCUAGUAAUACUGUGAUAACACUGUGAUAACAACGUACGAUGGCAUUGAAACAAAUAGAAGACAUGGACCAGUAUCUGCAGUACGUAGGAGGCCCCGUAGGUGCUCUGGCCCUCACGGCGGUGGCCGCUGGGUCUGCCUACUACCUAGCAAGUAGACCAACGCCUGAAAAACCACUCGUACCACUCGACCAUCAGAGCUUCGUGCUUCCGGGGCCAGAGAUUGUGCGAGUUUCCAAAUUCUACAAAGAGUCAAAGGACGGAAAGUUUGUAUCCUUUCUCAGUCCUGAUGCCAGAACUCUCUACGAUACAUUCAGAAAAGGAGCCAAAGAAUCAAAUAACGGCAAAUGCCUAGGGUGGCACGAAGGACCAUCAAAGCCGUACCAAUGGCUGCAUUACAACGAGACGUUACUGCGAGCCCGCAACUUCGGCUCGGGACUCGUGUCACUUGGUCUCGCACCAUCCGCUUCAACAUACAUUGGGAUAUACAGUCAGAACUGCCCGGAGUGGGUGCUAGUGGAGCAAGGAGCGUAUUGUUACUCCAUGGUGAUAGUUCCCCUCUACGACACACUCGGACCCGACGCAUGUGCCUUCAUCAUCAACCAAGCUGAGAUUUCAGUGGUUGUUUGUGAAAAUGAUGCAAAGUGCAACUUAUUGCUGGAUAGAGCGCCUCGGUGUUUAAGGAAGUUGAUAGUAAUCCACGAGACCAGGCUGGCGACCAAUCAAAGAGCAAAGAACCGAGGAAUUGACAUUGUUAGGUUUGACGAUGUUGAGAAGAAUGGUGCCAUCAAGAACCAUCCAGAAGUUCCUCCUCAGCCAAAAGACCUUUGUACUAUCUGUUACACGUCUGGUACAACAGGUAACCCCAAGGGAGUCAUGCUCACCCAUCAAAACGUAGUGGCGGGCGUCUGCGCGGUCAUCCUACAACUCGGAGACCACAAACCUACUGUUGACGAUGUCAUGAUCUCUUUCCUACCUCUUGCACACAUGCUGGAACGCUGUUGUGAGAACGGCAUGUACAUGGUUGGUGGAGCCGUGGGCUUCUACUCUGGGGACAUCCGCAAUUUGUCUGAGGAUAUGAGGGCUCUGAGGCCGACCGUGAUGCCAGCGGUGCCUCGUCUCCUUAAUAGGAUCUACGACAAGGCGAUGGCUGAGGUCCAGCCGUCCUUUGUCAAGAAACUCCUCUUCAACAUGGCUCUCAGCGCCAAGAAAAGUGAAAUAGAGAGGGGUAUCAUCCGUAACAACAGUUUUUGGGACAAGUUUAUAUUCAAGAAGAUCCAAGAACCGACCGGGGGGCGACUGAGACUCAUGGUGGUGGGCUCUGCCCCACUGGCAGGAAACGUACUUACGUUCGCCCGAUGCGCACUUGGCUGUCUGAUAGUGGAGGGAUAUGGACAAACAGAAUGCUGUGCACCCGUCACUCUUACAGUACAAGGGGACCACGUACCUGAACACGUCGGACCGCCUGUAGCCUGUUGUCAAGUGAAGCUGGUGGACGUUCCGGAGAUGGAGUACUACGCCAGCGGCAACCAAGGGGAAGUUUGCGUUCGUGGAACUAAUGUUUUUCUUGGAUACUUCAAGGAGCCGGAUAUGACAGCUUCCACCGUUGAUGAAUUCGGCUGGCACCACACUGGUGACAUUGGGCAGUGGCUGCCGAAUGGCGUGUUAAAAAUUAUAGACAGGAAGAAGCAUAUCUUCAAGUUGUCACAAGGAGAAUACAUUGUUCCAGAGAAGAUAGAAAAUGUCUACAUCCGCAGUCAAUAUGUACAUCAGGUCUUUGUGCAUGGGGAGAGUUUAAAGUCUUGCAUAAUCGCCAUAGUUGUGCCGGACGUAGAUGUCAUCAAGAGUUGGGCUCUAGAGAACCAUAUUGAUGGAACGUUCUCGGUUUUGUGUGCGAAUGCCGAGGUGAAAAAGCUUAUCAUGGACGAUAUGGUCACAUGGGGGAAAGAGGCAGGACUCAAGUCUUUUGAACAGGUGAAAGACAUUUACCUACAUCCAGAUCCAUUCUCUAUACAGAACGGUUUGCUGACUCCAACGUUCAAGACCAAGAGACCACAGUUAAAGGACUAUUUCAAACCUCAGCUAGAAGAAAUGUACUUGAAACUGGUAUAACAAAGCCAAAACAUUGCUUAGGAAUUGUGGACUUAGUCAAUUGGUGCAGAAGUGCUACUCAUGUGAAUGUGUGAGUGUUUGGUCGAUAGUUUGAAACAGAUUAGAUGCAUUGGAAUCUACAUACAAAAAGCAAAAACAAUAUAUACUGUUAGAAUUAAAUUGAAUGGGAGAGCUGAGAAGUUAUCACAUGAACUUUGAUAAUGGGUUGGUGUUAAGAUAGUCUUUUGGUUGGGUUUAGAUUUUGGAGUGGUUUUGUUGUUAAUCUCCCAAGCUUGCCUUCAACCUUCUUUAAACAAAUAUAAAAAAAAUAUUUCAUGAUUAGGAGGCCAGUACAAAAAUAAUCAAGUUUGCAAAAAUUAAUUGGAUAACUAGCUUUGUUUCUUGUAAACUUGUGUUAAUUAGCGGGUGAGUGGUUAUUGUUUUACCUUGGUUAUCAUUUUUGUUUUAUAACAAUUCAAUUAUAAGUAGUUUUUUCCCAAAUAAAGGGACUUAUUUGAUUAUAACAGUGGUUCCACAUGCAAUAUGUUUAUGUAUUUAAGAUUGUACUCUGCAUCUUAUCUGUUUUGGAUUGUCUUUUUAGUAAAUACUGUUUUCGAGGGAGAAAAACUUUUAAAAUCUUGGCUUGUAGCCCUCUUUGAGAAAUCCACUCCAUGUAAUGUAAGCUUAGGUUGUAGAUAUUUACCAAGCAUUUCCAUUACAUUAUUGUUACCUACAGAAAUAUUUAGGAAAUCCUACGAGUUUUUAUUUCAUGGUUCAAUUUCUCUAUGAAAAUAGUCCUAAGUAAAAAAAUCCUGAGUUACAGGUUUACUUUGUAUUGUCCUAGUUUUGGAGAUGAUUUUAGCUUAUUUCAUGAAUGCUAGAAACUCACUGGAGUAUUAAAAUAGAUCUCUGUUGAUGUUGGUAGUGAAAAAAACAGUGAACUUCAAAACAGUGAUGAAAAAUAAUUAUUCACCAUAUUGUGUAUCACACAAGUGGGGCACUAACUAAAAGUUUGAUUCAGAAGGUUCAUGUCUAUUAAGUUAAUUGUCUUUUGGACCAUAAAUUACCCUCUUAGUUAAUUAUUAUAGUAGCUUUCAAUUUCUGAUUUUAGAGUUUGUUAUUUGACAAUGAAGGAAAAGGUUUGGUGGAUAGGUUUUAACCUAAUUGUAUAACUAUUAACCAUCUGCAUAUUUUCAAUUGGGGUUUAACUGAACAGCCAUUAUUCUUUUUAAUUUCUGAAGAAAAAAAACACUGAUUUGUAUAUAGUAAAAAGUAUAAUCUACAACUUUCUAACUCGGGUUUUCAAUCAAAUAACCACUAUUCUCGUUAUAAAAAUCUCAGGGAAAACCACUGAUACUAGCUUUAGUUUCACUUUAAUACCUUGUUUAUUAAAUACUUUUAGGUAUAGUUAAAUAGUUAACAUUGUAUUCAUUAACAAAUAAUUCAAUUUAUUAUGACUCAUCAUAGCGUCCUAAUACAAGGCCCUACUAGAAAAACAUGCCAUGCUGCAGGAUCCAUAAUGUCACACUAGUCGAUAGACAGUGGAUGGUAAUAACAGAUAUAACAAAAUUGUAAACAUUAACAUUGUCUUCUCCAUUGUAAAUCAGUGCAACAGCUGUUUUGUUUUGAUGGUGUUGCCACUUUUAUCUCGCUGUGGCUUUGUGUUAGUGGAGGCUAUGCUGUCAUAUGAUUCGUGUCUUGACAUUGCCAUACCUAAAGUAACAGGAUUCGAAACAAGUCUUUUAAGAAUUUAACAGUCUAAAAGAAAAUAUAAAAAAUGUUUAAGAAUAUGAAUAUUUUUAUCAUCAUUUAAUACUUUGCACAUAAUAUGGUCUCUAUAACAAUCACUUUUUAGAAUAGAGCACGCAUAUAAAUGCUUAAACCUCUUGUACAAUAAUUCUUAAUUUGGUCAAAACAAAAGAAUUACUCGUCUUAUAGAAAGUGUUUCCCGAGCAUUGGUAAUUUAUUCAAUACAUAUUAACAUUUAGCUUUUAAAGCAGAUAUUCAAAGCAGAUAUAUAUAAAGUGAUAUUCAUCACUUAAGCCAAAAUGUUACUCUUAACAACAAUUAAUUGGCUCAUGUUUAUUGGCCUUUGGGAAGCCAAGGCUGAAAAAUCAGUAAUUAUAAGAAGGCAGCCUUGUCCAUGAUGUAUCCUCAGAAAGUAUACAAGUAUACUUUUUUUUAAUCCUGUAUUGUAAAUAAAAAAAAUUUUAUUGCUGCAAUAUACUUUUGAAACAGGCUAAAAGCAAACACAUAAAAAUGGAAAACAAAAUCUUUAUUUACCACACUUGGUUUUUCAUUACAAAUCAACAUUUAAAAAAAUUAUAUUUUAUAUCUUUAAUUCUGCUAACAUUAACAAGCUAAACAUUCAACAACAAUAAUGCUCUUAGAACUUAGCAAGAUAAAGCUUAUAAUUACAACUUAAAUAACUAAUAAAACUAAAUUAGGCAUAUUUAAGUUUGAAUAGCUAAUUGUAAAAAGUAUAAAAAAGUUUGUAUGUAUUGUAUGGGCACAUUCACCUCUUGCAUAGGACCUUGUUUUAAAGUUGUUAUAAAGUUUAUUUAAGUAAGAAACGUUAAAAUAAAGGUUAUUUCAAUUUGAGAAUUGUGUAACCAUUAUAUUAUUAUGUUCAAAAUGACAAGUUUACACAUCUCUAAUCAUAGGUCAUAUACCCCAAACAUACAAUCAGUGUGGGACAGUUUAUUUUCCAUGUCAUAUAGCCUAUAUAUAUUUUAAAAAUAUCUAAACAUUUGCUGGAUACAUUUUGUAAUAUUUUAAUUAGUAUAAAUAUGAUUCAAAAUUUUGCUCUUAGAAACUGAAAUCCUGCAAAGUCUGCAAGUUUGAUUGCAAUCUACUUCUAGAGCAUCUUGCCUUAUUUUGCAAUAAAAUUAAACUUGCUGUUUCUGUAUUCUUCAUUACGUUCCUAUGCAUUCAACCACAAUCAAACUUUUGCUUCUUGUAUGUUUAUACCGUUCAUAAAAGUUAAGUUUUAUUCCAUUAUUACAGAGUUUACACAUAAAGAAAAUGUAAAAAAUAAUACAGUAGAACCAAGUGUAAUAUAUUAUGACUUGUUUUGCACUCUACAACUUGAUCUUUGGUUGGUAGAACUUUGACAGCUAAAUAAUCACAGCUGCAUUCGUCACUGUCUCAACUGUCUUGUAGAAACUUUCCUCCGAAGUGUUAUGUUUGGUAUAAUCUCUUAAAUAAAAUAUAUCAGUUAUUAUAUUUUUUA